AUGAAGUUCUCCACCACCGCCGCUCUCAUCGCCGCCACCAACGCUUCCGGAGCCGACAUUUCUGGCCAUCUCGUCGCUGCCGACACUCAUUUCUGGACCAACGCUGCUUCCAUCACCGACAGCGCUGACAGCAUCCUCAACUCCUGGAAUGGAAAGUACGACAAGGCCAUGGACGAUGCUUUCCACAUGUGCACCAGCAACGAUUAUGUCACCGCUGACGACAUCUGGGAGUGCGGCAAGAAGGUCACUGCCGCUACUUUCGAUAAGAACCCCUCUUUUAACUUGAUGGGCCGAUACGGAGCCAGCCAGUUCAACAAAUUGGACAAAAACCACGAUGGCAAACUCUGUUUCUCCGAGUUCAAGCGAGGUUUCGCUGGCUUUUUCUCGACCAUUGGCUCCACCCUUGUUGAUAUCUUUGAUGCUGAUGGCAACGGACGAUUGGAGGGACAGGAGAACCACGACAUGCAUUUUGGCUUGAACCAGAUCUGGGACGAGUUCUCUUCCGACAAGAACCGAGACCUCAUCAACCCCAUUCUUGAUACCUGGGUUGGCUCAGAUUUGGACAAGAACGUCGACACUCUCUCCAAGGCCGAGAUGACCGAGCAGGCUAUCCUCCACUCUGUCCCAUACUGGUAA